AUGGUAACGCCAGCGGGCAAAAGAAACCAGGGUAGAUAUUGUCAUUUCCACAAGGAUCACGGGCAUGAUACUGAAGAGUGCCUGCAACUGAAGGAGGAGAUCGAGCGCUACCUAAGGCGGGGUCUCUUGGCAAGAGGGGGAGAUUCAAACUCAGCAAGGAAAAGCUACGCGCGCUCUCUCAGGAUUUGCUCCAUCCAAAAGAAGGCAAGGUUCAGCCAAAGCAUCACUUUUGGCGAGGAAGACUUGGUAGGUGUGGCACACCCCCAUGAUGAUGCCCUAGUAAUAGUAGGCGACAUAGCUGAUUUUGAUGUCAAAAGAGUAUUGGUCGACGGGGGAAGUGCCGCAAAUGUACUCACUUGGGACACUUUUUUAGGCCUGAAGGUCCCACUUGACAAGUUAAAAAUCGUGAACACCCCCUUGCAAGGCUAUGGAGGAGCCACGGUGAUCCCAGAAGGUACUGUAGAGCUCCCGGUCACGCUAGGCACAGAUCCGACCACUGUGGUAAUUGUGGCAAGCUUUUUGGUCUUUUAA